AGCGCCUCCCGCGGGGCGGGGCAGUUGGUUCUGUGUCUACACAGCCUUCCUGCCCCGCCCUUCGCCGGCCCGGCCCGCCCCUCCUUCCUGGAGCCACAGCUGAGGCGGCGGUGGUAGCGGCGGCGGCCCGGCGGGGGGGCGGCGAGUGGCCCGCGCGACACGCGCCGGUCCGGACCUUAUGCGGUGACUCUCGCGGUGCAGGCGCCUCCUGCCCCGCCGGCGGGGUCUGGGUUUCCCGCGUCGGGAUGUUCUCCCGAAGGAGCCACGGGGAUGUGAAGAAGUCCACCCAGAAGGUGCUGGACCCGAAGAAGGACGUGCUGACCCGUCUAAAGCACCUGCGGGCGCUGCUGGAUAAUGUGGAUGCAAGCGAUCUUAAGCAGUUUUUUGAGACCAACUAUUCUCAGAUAUAUUUCAUCUUCUAUGAAAAUUUUAUAACACUGGAAAAUAGUUUGAAAUUAAAAGGGAAUAAUAAGUCACAAAGGGAGGAGCUGGACUCCAUCCUCUUUCUUUUUGAAAAAAUACUGCAGUUUCUACCUGAACGAAUUUUCUUUCGAUGGCAUUACCAGAGUAUAGGCUCAACUUUAAAGAAGCUUCUACACACUGGAAAUUCUAUUAAGAUAAGAUGUGAAGGGAUCAGGCUGUUUCUUCUGUGGCUUCAAGCACUUCAGACAAACUGUACAGAAGAGCAAGUGCUGAUUUUUGCUUGCCUCGUUCCUGGUUUCCCAGCGAUCAUGUCAUCCAGAGGGCCCUGUACGCUGGAGACACUCAUCAGUCCUAGCCCUAGUGGAGCUGAUGCAAAGAUAUAUCCAGAAGAAAUCACUCCACUCCUUCCAGCCGUAUCAGGGGAAAAGAUCGCUGAGGACCAAACAUGCUUUUUUCUUCAAAUACUAUUGAAAUAUAUGGUUAUUCAGGCUGCAAGUCUGGAGUGGAAGAAUAAGGAGAAUCAAGAUACUGGUUUUAAAUUUCUUUUUACAUUGUUUCGAAAGUAUUAUCUUCCUCAUUUAUUUCCAUCAUUUACUAAGUUAACAAACAUCUACAAACCUGUACUUGACAUCCCCCAUUUGAGACCAAAGCCAGUGUACAUUAGUACAACUCGAGACAAUGAAAACAUUUACAGUACAAAAAUUCCAUACAUGGCAGCUCGCGUUGUUUUUAUUAAGUGGAUUGUCACUUUCUUUUUGGAAAAAAAGUAUCUAACUACAACACAAAACACUAAAAAUGGAGUUGAUGUGUUCCCCAAAAUCAUACAGACUGUUGGUGGUGGUGUGGGGCAAGAGAGAGCACCAGAGCUGGAUGGUGGUGGGCCCGCAGAGCAGGACAGAAACCAUUCUAACAGCAGCACCUUGUCAGACCGAAGACUCAGCAACUCCAGCCUUUGUAGCAUUGAAGAAGAGCACCGCACAGUGUAUGAGAUGGUCCAGCGGAUUCUCCUGUCAACGCGAGGUUAUGUCAACUUUGUGAAUGAGGUCUUUCGCCAGGCAUUUUUGUUGCCUUCCUGUGACAUAGCUGUUACAAGGAAGGUAGUUCAAGUGUACCGAAAGUGGAUCCUCCAGGACAAACCUGUGUUUAUGGAAGAACCAGAUAAAAAGGACGUUGCCCAAGAAGAGGCUGAGAAAUUAGGAUUUUUAGAGACUGACAGCAAAGAGACCUCUUCGGAAAGUUCCCGUCAUAAGCGCUCUUCCAGUUGGGGACGAACAUACUCCUUCACGAGCGCGGUGAGCAGAGGCUGUGUGACAGAAGAGGAAAAUAAGAAUGUAAAAGCUGGGGCCCAGGCUAUGCUUCAGGUAUUUUUGACAAAUGCUGCAAAUGUCUUUUUGCUGGAACCAUGUGCUGAGGUUCCCAUGCUCUUGAAAGAACAAGUUGAUGCCUGUAAAGCUGUUUUGAUUAUUUUUAGGCGCAUGAUAAUGGAGCUUACAAUGAAUAAAAAGACAUGGGAACAGAUGUUGCAAAUACUACUCAGGAUAACAGAAGCUGUCAUGCAGAAGCCAAAGGAUAAACAAAUAAAGGACUUGUUUGCCCAGAGCUUGGCAGGGUUACUGUUUAGGACGCUCAUGGUGGCAUGGAUCCGGGCAAACCUCUGUGUAUACAUUUCUCGAGAGCUCUGGGAUGACUUUCUUGGUGUGCUGUCCUCCCUCACGGACUGGGAAGAGCUCAUAACCGAGUGGGCCAACAUCAUGGACUCCUUGACAGCAGUGCUUGCAAGAACUGUUUAUGGAGUUGAGAUGACAAACCUACCUCUGGACAAAUUAAGUGAACAAAAGGAAAAGAAGCAGCGAGGCAAAGGCUGUGUUCUGGAUUCUCAGAAAGUAACCACUGUAGGAAGAUCAUUUUCUCUCAGCUGGCGGAGCCAUCCAGAUGUGACUGAGCCAAUGCGAUCUAGGAGUGCCACCACAUCUGGGGCACCAGGAGUUGAGAAGGCAAGAAAUAUUGUUCGCCAAAAAGCAACUGAAGUUGAAGAAUGUCAGCAGUCAGAAAAUGUACCUGCCGUUGAGCCUGGCUGCUUGGGGCCAGAGCAGCACAUCAUUCGAAGCAGCAGCACACCUGACGUCACGGAGCCGCUGCGCCCAGAUUCCUCUCAGGGUCAAAAGGUAGAAAAUAUACAGACUUUGAGUUCUUCAGAACCCAAGACUAUUCAAGAAAAUAAAGGAUAUGUGAAGAAAGAACAUGAAGGAGUAACAAUCUCAGUUAGAAGAAGCAGCAGCCCCGCUGAAUUGGAUUUAAAAGAUGAUUUGCAGCAGACACAAGGAAAAUGUAAGGAAAGACAGAAGAGUGAAAGUGUCAGCAGUGACACAGCUCUGGGCUAUAACAAUGAAGCAGAGCUGUCCAUGAGCCCAUGGCCAACCUGUGAGGAAGACCCGGAACUGAGCACUACCACAGAUGUUGUGACUGACUCCGAUGCCCGCCAUUGGUUACAACUGAGUCCCACCGAUGCUUCGAACUUAACAGAUAGCAGCGAGUGCCUUGCCGAUGACUGCAGUAUAAUUGCUGGAGGGAACCUCACCGGCUGGCACCCGGACUCUGCCGCUGUGUUAUGGCGAAGAGUCUUGGGGAUCCUCGGGGAUGUGAAUAAUAUCCAGUCACCCAAGAUUCAUGCCAAAGUUUUUGGUCAUCUAUAUGAGCUCUGGUACAAGCUAGCGAAGAUACGGGAUAAUCUGGCAGUGAGCCUGGAUAACCAGUCUUCUCCGUCCCCGCCAGUCCUGAUCCCACCGCUCCGAAUGUUUGCAUCAUGGCUAUUUAAGGCGACGACAUUGCCAAAUGAAUAUAAGGAAGGCAAACUACAAGCCUACAGACUGAUCUGUGCCAUGAUGACCAGACGCCAGGACGUUCUGCCAAACAGGGACUUCCUGGUGCAUUUUUACCUGGUGAUGCACCUGGGAUUAACCAGCGAGGAUCAGGAUAUCUUAAAUACCAUUAUAAGGCACUGUCCACCCCGUGUCUUCUCCCUGGGUUUGCCUGGCUUCUCCAUGCUGGUGGGGGACUUCAUCACAGCCGCUGCCAGGGUCCUCAGUACAGACACACCGGCGGCACCUCAUUCAGAAGCUCUCACCAUUCUUGGUUCUCUUGUCUGCUUUCCAAAUACCUACCGGGAGAUCCCUUUGCUGCAGUCUGUGCCGGAAGUCAGUGAAGUCAUCACAGGAUCUGAAGACGUCAAGCAUUACCUCAUAAAUAUUUUACUGAAGAAUGCCACAGAGGAACCAAAUGAAUGUGCAAGAUGCAUCGCCAUUUGCUCCCUGGGGGUCUGGAUAUGUGAAGAGCUUGCCCAGUGUACGAGCCAUCCCCAGCUGAAAGAGGCCAUCAAUGUGAUAGGCGUCACUUUGAAGUUUCCUAACAAAGUUGUGGCUCAGGUGGCCUGUGAUGUUCUUCAGUUGCUGGUUUCCUACUGGGAAAAGCUUCAGAUGUUUGAAACCUCUCUGCCCCAGAAAAUUGCAGAAAUCCUUGUGGCCACAAUUGCUUUUCUUUUACCAAGUGCAGAGUACUCCUCAGUGGAAACAGAUAAGAAGUUUAUUGUAUCCUUGCUACUCUGCCUCUUGGACUGGUGCAUGGCAUUGCCCGUGAACACCCUUCUCCACCCAGUGUCCACAGUAGCACUGGAGGAGCAGCACCCGUCCAGAGCCCCUUUGCUGGAUUAUAUCUAUAGGGUUCUGCACUGCUGUGUAUGUGGCUCAAGCACAUACACUCAGCAGAGUCACUAUACACUGACCCUGGCCGACCUGUCCUCCCCGGAUUAUGACCCCUUCCUGCCACUGGCAAAUGUGAAGAGUUCAGAGCCAGUCCAAUGUCAUUCAUCAGCAGAUUUGGGCAACCUGCUCACAGUGGAAGAGGAGAGGAAGAGGAGGAAUUUGGAGCUGAUCCCUCUGACAGCCCGCAUGGUGAUGGCCCACCUGGUGAACCACCUGGGGCACUUCCCGCUACGUGGGGGGCCUGCAGUGCUGCACAGCCUGGUCAGCGAGAACCAUGACAAUGCACACGCCGAGGCUCCCGAGCUGUCCUCUGAGGUGUUCCGGAGCCCAAACCUGCAGCUUUUUGUGCUGAAUGACAGCACCCUCAUCUCCUACCUUCAGACACCUGCAGAAGAGCCAGCAAGUGGCUCGCCAGGGGGCACGCUGUCUGAUGUCAGAGUAAUUGUGCGGGAUAUCUCAGGGAAGUAUUCUUGGGAUGGAAAGGUUUUAUAUGGACCUUUGGAAGGCUCCUUAGCACCCAGCAGCAGAAAUCCUGCAUUUCUGAUUUCUGGCUGGCAUCCUCAAGCUUUGGGAGCUCAGAAAGAAUUUUUUCAAACUGAGGAAGGAGAAGAUGUCCUUGACAAAUUACUUGAAAACAUUGGCCACACGAGUCCUGAAUGCCUUCUUCCAUCACAGCUAAAUCUAAAUGAGCCUUCCCCACCCCCACGAGGAAUGACCCGUGACCAAGAGAAGGAAAUCACUGAGGUCAUUUUGCGCCAGAGUGCCCAAGAAGAUGACUACAUCCAGAGGUGUAACUCUGACUCAGCCAUGAAAGUCACCAGCCAGGAACAGCCCUCACCAGUGGAGCCACGAGGACCCUUUUAUUUCUGCAGGCUGUUGCUCGAUGACUUGGGGAUGAAUUCUUGGGACAGAAGAAAGAAUUUUCAUCUGUUGAAGAAAAAUUCCAAACUACUGAGAGAGCUAAAAAAUCUGGACUCCCGUCAAUGCCGUGAAACACACAAAAUUGCAGUGUUUUACAUUGCUGAAGGUCAAGAAGACAAGUGUUCAAUCCUCUCCAACGAAAGAGGAAGCCAAGCAUAUGAAGAUUUUGUUGCCGGACUUGGAUGGGAGGUGGAUCUCUCAACCCACUGCGGGUUCAUGGGUGGACUUCAGCGCAAUGGGAGCACAGGGCAGACUGCCCCUUACUAUGCUACCUCGACUGUGGAAGUGAUUUUCCAUGUUUCAACUCGGAUGCCAUCAGACUCAGAUGAUUCACUCACCAAAAAGCUUCGUCACUUGGGGAAUGACGAGGUCCACAUCGUCUGGUCUGAACACUCCAGGGACUACCGCAGGGGCAUUAUCCCGACUGCCUUUGGAGACGUUUCAAUCAUUAUUUACCCAGUGAAGAAUCACAUGUUCUUUAUCGCGAUCACGAAGAAACCCGAGGUUCCGUUUUUUGGGCCUCUGUUUGAUGGAGCCAUAGUGAGUGGAAAGCUACUGCCAAGCCUUAUAUGUGCCACGUGUAUCAAUGCCAGCAGGGCCGUGAAGUGCCUCAUCCCACUCUACCAAAGCUUCUACGAAGAACGAGCUCUGUACCUCGAAGCAAUAAUUCAGAACCACCAAGAAGUAAUGACGUUUGAGGACUUCGCGGCACAAGUCUUUUCUCCCUCGCCCAGCCCCUCCCUCGGCGGAACGGGGCCCUGGCCACCAGCCUGAGUGCCUACCUCAUGGCACCUUUUGGCAAGGAGGAGCUGAAUGAGACUUCCCUCCUCCCCCACCCCGGACCCCCAAACCAGAGACUCCAGGAAACAUCACUGCUCUGCUAGGGCCCUCUACACAUCUUCCCAUUAAUGGACUUCUGAAGUUGAAGGUGAACCCACCGAAAUGUUGAAGGGCGGACUUUCCCACUCGGCUGUGCUGUCUUACCCUAGAACCUCACGAAACUUGGUCUUCCAAAGAAGAAAAAGGGAAAGUCACCAACAGCCAGAGACAAGCCCAUGCUUGUGGGCAUAGGUGUGGCUGCUCCCAGGCAGGGACAGCAGGAGAAGAUGCUGGGCGUUCGGGGAAGGGGUGGGGGGCAGCUGGUUUCUGUACUCCCAAAUCGUUCCCUCUCAUUUAUAAACCCAAGUAUGAUUCACAGAAGGACCAGCAAAAUAGCUGUCAAACUGAGGAAUUUUCUCAGCAUUGAUUUCACUAGUUCUUAUGUUAGGUUUUAUGGUUUACUCAAAAAUUUCAUCAUCAUGAAAAUUAGCUUUCCCUAGGGUCUUUUGCCCACAGGAAAAGUUGUAUCUGAGUCGCUGAGUGUUUUCCACCUGGUGCCUGAUGCCCACUAACCAGGGAGAGGUUUUCUCAACUGUCCUCCUGGAGGCCCUCAGAUGACUCUAGAAACAGGGUCCUGUUCCUGUGAAAGCCCCUUACAGUCAGGAAGCUUCCAGGGCCCAGCUCAGAAGAGCAUCACGUUGAUACACAGGCAUGCCCCCAUGCAGGCGCUUGACUGAGAUGCCCCCUCUCCCCCCAACACACACAAUGUCUAUCAGCCUCCGGGAGCUUCACCCUGCAGUUGUGCUCGCCUGCCCACUGCUGAGAGAGGGCUAUGGCACAAUGGGUACUUUCUGCACAUUUGGUUCCAAGGAAGGCACAUUGGGCCUGUUUAAGAAAAGAAAGGAAUGAAAAGCCCCACCUUCUAUCUGCGAUUCCCCAGCAUCCCUGCUGGGAGUUUGAGGGUGUCAGCGACAGAAAAAUCAGUCCGUUUGGACGACCUGUUUGGCCCUCUGCUGCUCACCUAGGCCUGCAGCCUCUCUCCAGAGUAAGUCUGGGACUCAGAACGGGGACACAGCAGCCACAGAGGCCCAGAGAAAGAUCAGCCAUAUGAGGGUGCUUCCCCGCCUCCCUUGACUGUGUGCCUGUCUGUUCUUGUGCCCACUUGUGUGUUACCCCCAGUGGCUGUGGUCACCUUCCUGGGGAGUUCUCUGCACCCCCUCUUUCCACAGAGUGGCCAUUUUCACUAAACAAUCAGUUCUCUCCACCAGCAAUUGGCACGGUUUGGCUGGUACCCGACUCUUGCAGGAGAAACAAGCAGGCCCAGGAGUCAGACUUGCUUCUGGGACAAUGAGGAAGGAUUGAGAAAUUCCACUCAAAGGAUAGGCUUUCUAAUUCUAGAGAGAAUUUGUUUUCCGGCUUUGUAGAAGACCUCAGGUAGGGCGUGAGGUCCAGGCCUACAGAUGGACGCAGCGUGGACAUCACCGGAAUCUGAAAGAAACAAAAAUAAGCCUCAGUCACUUGGGGCUGUUCUGUAAACAGGUCCAGUUGGUUCACUCACUCUGGGCUUAAUGGCACUAUUAAGGGUGACUGGAAGUCAUGGCGUUGUCUGCUGUGUGGGCAAAUGCCACGAUUCUUAUCCUUCCCACUCCUGCCCCACCCCCCACACCUGUGUAAUGAUUUGGGCUUUCUGGUCGGCAUGGCUUGUCCCCGAUCACCCAGACUCAAGACUUGUGCUGAGCUGCUUCACUGGAUACUUACCGAGUGCCCAGACCUCACGCCUGCUAGGAAGAGCAUCCCAUGUUCCUGGGCUCCAGAGUCCCAGUUGGGCUCUGACAGCAAGUAGUUUCUGGGAGAACAUUUCAUUUCCAGGACCUAGAAACCCCCUGUUGGAGAAUUCUCGGAUUUAGUUGAAGAGUCAGGACUUAGAAGUCACAUUGAACUCCGGUAGACUUCUGCUCCAGGCUUCCAUCUUACCUCCUGGAAUCAGUCCUCCUAACCUGCAAGUGGGAAAUUCAGUUGUAGGCAGCAAAUAACCAGACUUCUUGUAAUCCAUACUGAUUUUAACAUCCCUGUUAUCCAAGAUUCCAGCCAGCCGUUUGGGGGUUAGAGCUUCAUCUGAACCCACUGUUGUCAGCAGCAGCCUUGGUUUGGAAUGGGGACCGGGGAAUCUAGCAACCGGGUUUGCUUACAAUCACAUGAACUUGAAUCACUUUUGUUAUUUGGGGUGGAAAAUUGAAAUGAUCAAGUUCUUUUUCUUUUCACUUAGAAAAGCAAAUAUUGUGCUUUUGUAAUAAAUGCCUUUCAGCAAAAUUGUGGAGGGUCACUCAUCUGGCGGGAACCUACCUGAGUCACAGCGCUGACUCGUCACAUUAGCAGGUCAACCAUCUGUGCGUGAAAGUGGCCCUAAUCGGCCCCAAAUGGAUAAGAUUUGCUGGCUUCCAGGCAGGGCCAGGCCAGUCCCCUCCCUUCUCUGCACACUAAUUUCCGUCCAAAGCAAAGCUGAUGUUCCACAGUCUCACUGAGGUUUUUGUACUUAAAAACAAUAGAUGACUUUUUAAAAAUAGUAAAAUCUUAAGUAGACCGUAGUGAGGAAAUCUAGCUUGGGUAAGUGACUGCCACAGUGUCCUCAUGCAGUGAAGCCUGCAGCUGCUAAGAGCCACGGGGAGGGAGGGAACUUAAGCCUUGACUCCACAAGAGGGGCUGACUGAUCGGACCCUCAGCCUUACAAACAAGAGAUCAAGCGGAUCCGUAGACAAUGCAAAUCACGUCCUCCUUAUCUUCCUCCAGUGUGGCAACCUGCACUUCACUUCCUGUUACAUUUGUAUCAUCUGGAGGUUUGAGGGAUCCUUUAAAACUUACUUUGAUGUCUUACAUGUAAGUGCGUUAUGUCUAUAUCUACUGAGGGAAAAUGUCCGCAUCGAGAGGGAGAUUCACCAUGAGGUAACCAUCGUUCCAGGUGUGCUCAGUGUCUGUGUAUGACAUACACACGAAGUGAAUGUUUUCCUAUGGUUUCAGGUCUACAACAUUUAGUACAUGUAAACAAGAAAAAAAUGAUAAAUAUAGUAAAUUAAGUUAUAGUAUGUCAUUUGAUUUUUAUUUUGCUAUCUCAUAUUUAAUUUGCCCAAUGCCCCACAUCUGGGUUUAUGUCUAGGUGGUACAGACCCCUACCUACAACCCACCUUUGCAGAUACCUGUGUGCCACACCCGGAAAGGCACACAGCUCCACUGAUGACCACCACUCAACUCUCCGGUUUACACUCUUUUUGUCUUUAAUUCUGAUUUACUGUGAUGAUUUAAUAAAGUAGAAACAGCACUUAUGUGCCAUAUGUUUCUUUUGUUUUCAUUAUCGUUUCUAGGAAAAUAAAGUUUAUCCUGGCAUCUAACUUAA